AUGCCUAUUGAGCAUACUCGCGAUUGGUCGACCCUCCUGCCAGCUGAGAGACCGCCAAAUGGUCAAUUGGACCAGGCCUUUCAGCUGCCAGACAUCGAGUGCUAUGCGCUGUACCGAUUUCCCUGUGUUCUGAAACACCCUUCCCACUACGAAGAGUGGCGAAAGGAGAUCUUCUACACGCUCAAGAUGCACAACCUCCACCGGCUCAUUGAUUCUACCAUUCCCCGCCCCUACAAGGACUCGCCUAAUGCUAGACAGUGGCAACAGAUGUCGAUCGAGGUCCGCAACUGGAUUGCGUGGAAUGUUGAUCCGAUCCUUGUGCGCAUGAUUGUGAAAGAACUACCUCGCGCUCAACUUGCAGAUGAGUUCAUGAUGGGUGCCGAUAUGUUUCUCAAACAGUUCAACCGCAGCCCCCCGGAACACUUUGAGGAUAUCUCCAGUGUUCUGUUCAAGUUUAUCCAGUGUGAGCGAAGCGAUUAUCCUACUGCCCGGGCGUUUGUGUAUGGUAUUAUGCAGAAGUACACACACACCUUGAACAUGAAAAUGGGAAUUCCCCCCUUCGUCCCCAUGUUGAUGUUGCUGACAGAAAUUGAGGCUGAUGUGGGAAAAGCCUUUGUCACUGUGAGAUAUGAGCAGCUUGAGAAGAUGGACAACAUCGUCCAGGAUGUUACCAAGGGCUACUUUGAGAACGUUUACUUCGAUGUGUUGGAGUACCUCGACUCGCUGGAGCAGCCAGGUCGUUCCAUUGAAGAACUCUGA